AUGUAAUAAUCCCAUACAGGCUGUUAGGGUGAGAAACUAAUGAAUUCAGCUGGUAACCCCUCACUGGCAGCGUGUGCUUUUGCUUCCCGUUUGCCAGGCUAAGCAAGCAUGGUGCCAGUAGGUCUGUCACACUGGCAUGGAAUUUGGGAAGCAGUGCUCAAAAGACAACCGAGAGGCUUAAAAUUCUGGUGGGAAUGGACUUUAUCAUUCUAAAGUAGGUACCAUGUUGCCUCWGAAGAGAGGAAGAACGCCUUCCAGAAUAGCUGUGAGCUGUUACUGGACAGCCGUGGCAGUUUGUUUACUAUUUCUUCCGGCUGCAUUCCCUCUCCAGCAAGAUCGACCCAGGGUGUUGUUAGUGUCUUUUGAUGGAUUCCGAUGGGAUUACAUCUACAGAGUGUCAACUCCCAAUUUUCAUUAUGCCAUGAAGAAUGGUGUUCAUGUCAAACAGGUCACUAAUGUGUUCAUAACUAAAACAUACCCUAACCAUUACACAAUGGUGACGGGUCUKUAUGCAGAAAGCCACGGUAUAGUUGCUAACGAGAUGUAUGAUCCAACUCUGAAUGAAACCUUCUCCAUGAACAGAAUGGAAAUCUAUAACUCGAAGUUCUGGGAAGAGGCCAUUCCAAUAUGGGUMACGAACGAGAUAGAAGGACAUAAAAGCGGAGCUGCCAUGUGGCCUGGAACGGAUGUGAAAAUACAUGGAGUCCUCCCUACGCAUUAUAUGCCCUACAAUGAAUCUGUUUCAUUUGAAGAUAGAGUUGCUAGGCUUAUUGCCUGGUUUACAUCAAAAGAACCUAUAAACCUUGGUCUCCUGUACUGGGAACAGCCUGAUGAGAUGGGUCAUAUUCUGGGCCCAGAAAACCCUCUUAUGGGACCAAUAAUUAGUGAUAUUGACAAGAAGCUGGGGUAUCUUAUAUCUGAACUAAAGAAGGCGAAGCUCUGGAAUGUCAUAAAUGUCAUAAUCACAAGUGAUCAUGGAAUGUCACAGUCCUCCUCUGACAGACUCAUUGAACUUGAUCAGUAUGUGGAUAGAGAGCUUUACAAAGUGAUUGACUAUUCUCCUGCAGUAGCUAUUUUGCCCGAAGAAGGAAAACUGGAUGAAGUCUAUGAAGCUCUGGUCAAUGCUCAUCCCAACAUGACUGUUUAUAAGAAGGAGCAGAUUCCAAACAGAUUACAUUAYAAGCACAACAGUAAAAUUCAGCCAAUCUUAGCAUUGGCUGAUGAAGGAUGGGAAAUUGUACACAAUAAGUCUGACCAUUUUCUGUUGGGUAAUCAUGGAUACGACAACACCUUACCAGAAAUGCAUCCAAUCUUUCUAGCAUUUGGGCCUGCUUUCAGAACAAAUGCCACCAAGGAAGCCAUGAAUGCUACAGACUUGUACCCUUUAAUGUGCCACCUACUCAGUAUUACCCCUCUGCCGAACAACGGGUCGUUCCAUGCUGUGAAAGAUAUUCUUGCUGAGGUGGUUCCAAGCUGGCCUCAUCCUGAAGCUCGUGAAACAGAGUCCUAUGCUUACUUCAUAGGAGUCUCUCUUGGCGGCAUCCUUGUUCUGUUUUUCCUUUUUGUUUUUGUUAAGCAUUUAACCCGCAACCAGAUAUAUACCAUGCGAGUGCAACAUACUGAAAUUGCCCAGCCACUACUACAAGACUAAUAGAAAUUGUCAACAGAGGCACCAUAAAGUUUUGGAGUAGCGUUUGGUGCUUUAUCCUGUUUGGCACUUAAAAAAAGCUUCUACAAAAUUAAGUGGCUCAGCAGAAAUAUGUGGAGUAAACCAAAAUGGAUACUUCUCCACUGGUACACUGGAGUACAUAAAUAUCAGGUACAUAGAGAAAGAGUGUGUUUCUGUUUCACUCUACAACCACUUAAUCUUUCAGAGGUUGAAAAUAUUCUGGGUAAACCUGGAAAGCUGUAUAUGUGUCUAGGUACAUAUAGGAUACGUGUAGUAGCAAAAGACCUUGAAUACCUCAUGGUGAACUGCUGAUAGGGAAGUAACAUCAGCUGAAUAACAUGAAUAUUGCAUGGUGAUUUAGAUUCUUUUUUCUCAGUAAGCUUUUAAGCCUCAGAUUCUAACAAAUCACGGACUGGUUGGACUCUGCUUUGAGGUUUCUCUUCCCACCCCAARGAAGAUGUGUUACAGAUGACCAAUAGAGAUAGCUGGGUGGAUUAAAUCCUUCUGAAUASAACAUCUAGAGAGGUCACAUAGUACCAAGUGUCUAGGUUUAGAGCUAGACAUGUUUCUUCUGAGUCCUGUGUAAAUUGUAGUACCCAUAAUAUUAAUGUAGGUGGUACUGCCUUUAGCAAUCAGCAUYAAGCUACCUGAUUAAUUUAUUUUUAUGUAAACGUAGGUCUUCACUUUCUCUGUUUCUUCUACACUGGACUAAAUUUUCUUGGAGUUCCUGUGGCUGGCUGAUUAAAGACACAAAUAAGCACAAUGCUUGUAUAUCCAAACAGAGUCUGUGGUAUUUCUGUGAUCGGAGGGCUCUUUCUGAAUGAGGCUUAUGGGCAGUUAAGGAACGUGCUCUACAAGCUUGUUUAGAGGGCUGCCUUUUUUAGAGGGCUUCACUGGGUGAAGUCAGAUCCAUCACUGAAGACGGUUUGUUUGGGGGAGUUUGCUUCCUGUCUUCUGUUUUAUGAUAUGAGUGGUUGAACCCUUCAAGUUUUGAUUAAUAUCUCUAAAGACCAGACACACCGUUUCAAGGAGCGGUCUUAUCAAAUGUACUCUUAAAUCUGAAAAAAAAAAAACUUUAAUAUGAAAUAAGGCAUAAGAUUAAGUUAAAUUUAGUAAUAUUGAAAUUUUGUUUUUCCAGGGCAGGUCUGUAUUUGAAAAAUCAAUCCUAAAUUGGAUAGAACUAUAAAUUACUGUGCCUCUGUGAGGGGGUUGCUGAAAUAAGUGUUUGCUCUAUUGCGCCUUUUUUUUUUUUUUGUUGUUGAGCUUUCUUAACUGAGAGGUGAGAAGCUGCUGACUUUUUGUGUGAAAGAAGUGGUGUUAAGUGAAAAAAAAACUUCUAAUUGUCAGAUUUCAAUAGCUGAUUUUCUCUCUGAGUAAUACUUCUGUGUUUUGCUUCUGAAUACAGUACAUGAAGGAGAAAAAAAAUCUUUCCAAAUUGACUUAAAUAUUCAUCCUGGUAUUUCCAUAAGAGCAAUUUAUCAGUGCAGGCACAUGCAUUAGUGCUUUAUUUAAAAASUGGAUUAUAUUUUCCUCGAAAAGUUGGUAACAGCUUUAUCUACAGCCCUCAGAGGACAGAGUUAAGAACAUCGUAGCCUUGGAUAGUCCAUGUGUCAAGAGAAACUAGUGAUGUGACUUAGUGAAAAAAUGACUAACUGAAAUCCCAAACCCAUUCUACUAAACCUAAUUCUAGACUCAUCAGAGGAUGACGUCUAAGCGGGUUCAGAUAGGAAUUUUAACUUCUUGCUGCCUUAGUGAUGAUUCCACUGUGCCRUGAUACUUCGGACAGAGUGAGUGCUGGCUACUUUGUCAUCCCCUGCAUUCCUCAGUGGUUGCAGAGAYACCUGUAGAGCGUCAGACUCUGACGUGGAAGGUUUCCAGAAGCCACAGCUAAAUACAGUGAUGGCUUGAGAGGGAAGGCAAUGAAGUACCUGCAUGUCUUAAGGUAAAGGCUGAAAAUCUAACAAGUURUAUCUUUAAAUGUCAGGGAACUAGCACAUCUUUUGGUGCUUAAUUUUGGGAUACGAGUACUGUGUAAUGUAUCUGACUCAUCUCUGCAGUUACUCACCUUGGGAUGCUGGUUGCUGUUCCUGCCCAUUCUCUUAACAAAACACUGGAGGAAAACCCUGAGCUAGCCAUGCCUGACGUACAGCUCAUCCUCAGUGGAGCAGGCUGCUUGCUCUGCUUUAAAUCUAAUCUGUUGACACCAAUUCAACCUGAAUGCACGGGGCGGGGCAGCUAGAGGAGGAUCAAGUUGAAAGACGAAUUCAGAAGUGAUKUUCACAGCAGUCUGUAGAGAAGCUUGGGAGGUCUGAGUAGCAAAUCUAGAUUUCUCAGUCAUUACUGAUCUUCCCUAGCUUUCUUCCAAGAAAUGGGUGGCAAAUGGCACUUAAUGUAUUGAUUCUAUGUUUUCUUUCUUAUUUGGAUCUUUGAAAUUUACUAUAGCACAAACUUUGUGUAUUCCAGUUUAAAGAAAGAUAACAGUUUGGGUGAAGAGGAAAACAAUAAAUGUCUGACAUGGGCCAAGUCCAUAAUGCCUCCUGCUCCCAGGAGCUUCCUCAGCUCCUCACAUUGCAACAUGUGGCUUGAGUAGAAACUUCUUAGUGAUGUUUAUGGCAAAUGCUAAAUUAUGCCCUGAUCUUUAAGGGGCAAAGUYGGUCAGUGUUAGCCAUGCUACUAUCCCUGUCCUACCUCCCAAACAUGUGACAAGGGAAGCAUGUUCCCACUCUAGCUGCCUUUGGGAACAGAACAUCCAAAAUAGGUCAGGAAUGCAGGCAUGAGAGUUCUCUUCGGUUUUGUUGUUCUGUAUUGYACUGUGAGGCCCUUUGGAGAGGGUAAAAUGACACUUUGUAGAAAAAGAGAAAUCUUUCAGCAGUUGGCUAUUUUGGGUUAGGUUAAAGCAUGUUUCCUUAUUGUAUAGGUGUCUCUGUAAAUAACCUCUUAGGUAGUUACCUUGCCAGGGUGUUUAACACCAGCUCGGUAAACACUGCUUCAAGCUAGCGUGUGUGUGAUUAAUGAACAUGAAAG